AUGACGCGCGGCUCCGUCUCUACGCCUCCUCUUCGUCUCACUCUCCUGCUCCUCGCGCUCUCAUCUCUCGCAGCAGCUGAGCCUCAAGCCAUGUUUGGCUACAUCCUCGCAGACGACCAGGGGAGACCCGAGACGAGUCUGGACCUCUACGCGCCUUCCGAUCGCGGCUGUGCCUUGUGCCGCAACGAGGAAAACUGCUCUUUGGCUGUGCACAACCAGUCGACUGGCGUGUUUUGCGGGGACGUGCUGGCGACGUUUCAGCCGUGCUGCUGCCGGUUCCGCAACGAGUGCAUGACGAGCAUCUACUUGAAUUCGUGCGUGUGCUACGAUGGCGGUCGGGAGGAGGAGAUGGUGACGACGCGGUUUUACCUCUUUGUGGGGCUCUCGCUCAUUGCGUGGGGCUUUCUGCUCUACGACCGGAUGUGCAAAGGACCGUACAAAGUCAUGAACAGCAAUCGCCACCAGCUGUUGAGCUCGCCUUCAGCAGCGAGAGCAAGAGGUGUCGACAGUGUGGCAGAUACAGUGGAGAGUGAGUCGGAGGAGGAAGAAGGCCGAGAUGGUGUCACUGUGGUUGUUGUUGCCGGUGAAGAUGUGAGGGUGGACGCUGCAGAGAUGGUGCGUGAAGAUGGCGGUGGUCGUGGUGAAGCUGCUGUACUUCGAUCUCAGUCGAUCUCAUUAGCUGCUACUUUGACUGCGGAUCCGGAUGUUGAUGCUGCACUUGACGAGUCCCGGACUGACCAAAGAGGUUCGACAUAG